CAAACUCCUGUCUGCACUUUCCUGAAGCAGCAGAGGCGAGCAGCCUUUCUCCGCAGAGAGUGGGGACUCAGUCCGGCCAGAGAGAGGGGUCAACAUAACAGAGGAGGGUCAAAAAUAUUCCACAGACCGCAAUGGGGGCGAGCUGGAACCGCAGAGAGAAGAGGACGAUCGCUUAAUUAGUUUGCUGUGUUAUGAACGAUAUGCGGGAGCAACGCACGACAGUUUAGCUUGUGACGCUCCGCGCGGCAGUGAUUUCACGUCAAAAACGUUAACGGCCAACGGUCGGGACAAACGUUACCUGAAUACCUGCAGUGAUUCGCAUUAACGUUAGCCUCGACUCGGUGCAGACAGCAUUGACAUUGAGAGACGGGUAGACAGAGAGGGGGUAGAGAGACUAUAAGACGGGACAAGAGAAAGUUUCUCUAGCCUUGCGCAGACACAGCGGUGAAACAAUGCGGCUGACCCCGACAAAGUCCCUUUCAUCGGCAGCCCUGCUAAUCCUGCUGGUUGUCCACUGGUCCGACAGCAUUUCAUUGUCUCCCCAUGAGGCGAACCAGUUUCUGAGCAGACGCAGGAGAGCAUAUCAAGUGUUCGAGGAGACGAAGCAAGGACACUUGGAGAGGGAGUGUGUGGAGGAAAAGUGCACCAAAGAGGAGGCUAGAGAAGUGUUUGAAAACGACCCGGAGACGGACUACUUCUAUCCCAAGUAUUUAGCCUGUAUAGAGACAUUUGGAGAUGCUGAAAAGAAGAAACAGGAUCUGGUUACAUGUGUCCACAAUAUUCCAGACCAGUGCUCUCCUUCACCCUGCAAUGCCAGAGGUACAGUGCGCUGCGAGGACAAAAAGGGCGACUUCCUCUGUCACUGUUUCACAGGCUGGGCCGGAGCCAGAUGUGAGGAAGAUGUCGACGAAUGCAGCAUAAGAAACGGAGGGUGUGACCACGUGUGCAACAACACUAUGGGCAGUUACCGCUGCUCCUGUCACCAAGGCUACAUGCUGGUAGGACGCCAUAUGUGUAAUGAUGUGGAUGAGUGUGAGGACCCAGGUAUGUGUGGAACAGCACGGUGUGACAAUAAGGAGGGCAGCUACGAUUGCUUGUGUGAUGUCGGCUAUGUCUACGACAAUGAAACCAAAAGCUGUGUUGAUGUGGAUGAGUGUGAGGCGGGUGUGUGUGCGGAGGAGUGUCUGAACACUCUGGGGAGUUUCCGCUGCUUCUGUGAUGGUCGUCAAGGCAUGAAGCUGGGUCAGGACCUGAGGAGCUGUAAGCCUCUAACUCCCUGCAUGUCGCCGUCUCUGAAGAGAAACUCUCGUUCCCUCUACCUGGGCCGCAUGUUCAGUGGUGUGCCAGUGGUGAGGCUGCGUUUCCGCAGGAAGAUUCAAACUGGCUUUUCGGCAGAGUUUGACUUCCGUACCUACGACCCUGAGGGGGUGAUCUUCUUUGCUGGAGGUCACCUAAACAGCUCCUGGAUCGUACUGGCAAUGCAUAAUGGGAAGCUGGAGCUGCAGCUGAAAUACGGCACAGUCAGCAGGGUCACCAGCAGCGGACCCUUUGUCAGUGACGGCCAGUGGAGAAAGAUCUCAGUGGAGGAGCAGGGGCGGAGUCUAGUGAUUAAGAUUGACAGGGAGGCCGUCAUGAAGAUCGCAGUGAACGGCGACCUGUUUACGCUAAAGAAGGGCAUGCAUGAACUCAACCUCACCGUGGGAGGAGUCCCUUUCAGAGAGGACGGCCUCGUCAAUCAGGUGAACCCCCGUCUGGACGGCUGUAUGAAGGAGUGGAAGUGGUUGACUGGUGAAGAUACUUCCAUACAAGAAACCAUUCGGUCCAACGAGAACAUGCAGUGUUUCAGCGCCGAGGUUCCUGGAGCGUUUUACCCCGGCACAGGCUUCGCUCUCUUCAACAUCAGCUAUAGUGCAGUGGAAUCACAGAACCUGAGUGUCGUGUUGACUCUGCGUCCAACAUCUGCGAUCGGAGUGCUGUUUGCACUCAUUCACCAAGACAGUGUCCCUCUCUCCAUCGCUCUGGCCGACUAUCAUCCUGGCACUGAUGAAUGGCGAGAUUUUGUUCUGGUAUCUGUAGGUGAUGUCGUCAUUGCCAGCUCUCCUGCCCCCCUGUGUGAUGGCGAGAGCCAUAAAAUCCAGGUGACAAUCUCAGGCAACCAAACACUGCUGCAGGUCGAUGGCCAGUCUGGACGUAGUGAAGACACUGCUGUUCCUCUUGAUCUCCUGUCCCAGUCCAGCACCUUUACAGGAGGACUCCCUGAUGUCUCUCUGGUGUCUACGCUGGUGUCAGCGCCCUACAGCGGCUGUAUGGAGGUCAGUGUUAACGGACAGCCUCUGGACUUGGACCAGGCCAUCCACAAACACAAUGACAUCCGUUCACACUCUUGCCCCCUGCUGGACUCUCAACAGUGAACAACGUAUCAGUCUGCCCGAAACUGAUCCAUAAGCAGUUCAUUCAGGCAAUAGAGAUGAUUUCCAAUAUAUUUAUAAAAGCUUUGACCAGUGGGGACACGUUUUAGAUUGGAAUGUAAAAAGAUAUAUAAUAAAAAUAACUGGACCACAUAUCGUGGUGCAGCUGGAGCCUUAGCCCAGGAUCACCCUAUCCUUUUACUGUUGUGGCACUGCUGCCUAGAGGCAUUUGCAGGGAUAUUUUGCCAGUACCAUGACCCAGUACGGCAGUUAGUCAGCCAAUGAGCAACAUCUAUACUAGGCAGAAAAUAUGGGAACAAAUCUUGCCUCAAAAAACUGCCCAUGCAUCACAGCCUUGUAAGCCCACAAGAACACACAAGGCCUUAUCUAGAUCAAUGUCAAAUGGUUGGUCUUGGGUCAGCCUGCUGCGCCUGGCAUCCUGUGCUUAAAUGCAGAUCUGACUGGAACUUUGUAGGCACAGUGACUCUCCGCUGUGGCAACUCAGCUGAUAGAGCUGUGGUCAUAAUGCUUACAUCCAGUUUGCAUAAGGCCCACGUUCACAAAGCUUGAAAUAUUCAAGUGCUUAUGUAGAAUCAGAUGAAAUGGAAAAAAAUGGGGACCAGAUGUAAGUAGUCCUACAUCAUCUACCCUACUCAGAGAAAAUGUGUGAAUAGGUGCUCAGAUCUUCAGAGUUUGGUGCAUAAUGACUUAGGGGUUGAUUGAGGACUACAUCAAUCUUGUUUGCCCCUCACAAGCUGAAUCCCUUCAUUCACCACAGCAGGGAGGUGUGGUAUUAGGCACAACUUUGUGUUCUAUAAAAAACCUUGCACAUUGUUGCAGGUAGAAAUGGACUGCGUGUGAAGCCAUUUUCUUGAUUUCCUCUCGACUAAAGCAGCACUCCAUGUCUGCCUGCAACCAUAAAAAACAACCAUGUGCCUACAAAGAACAAUCAACCCACACUUCAUGACAGCUUCCCUCCAAACAGGUGAAUCAUUUCACAAAAGUGCAGUACUGUAACACACAAACAGAGCGAACACUUCUCCUAAUGAAAUGUUGUACUCAUUGCAGUUAAAUACACUAUGCAUUUCACCCGUGCAUUUUGGAUUAUUACAGUAUUUCAAAGAACUGACAGACACCCUGAUAAUCGAUAAUCUCUGUCACAAAGGCCCCUUCUUUCCCACUGAACCACCCACCCACCGUUAAUACCUGCCAUAUAGCAAUCUGAGGAUGAUCGAUUAGUCACAGAAGCACAGGGAAACAGGAAGGGGCCCUCUCCAUUAAGGAGAGAGAGUGAGCACUGCAUUGAACGCACCACACAAGCUACUGAGAGUAAAAGAGUGCGCUGUAAUAUACUGACUAUGUAAAUAACGUGACUGUACAAUGCUUUAUAGAAGACAGAAAACAAACUCUACCUUAUGAUCACUGAGGUUUUUGGCACAUUUAAGUUGAUCCAAAGUCAGAAACUGAGUCUCUCAACUUCAUCUGCUUCCUAAUAAAAGAUUAAGCAACAAAUACACUUUGGGAGACUGUGAGAGCAAUAGCCAGGGAUGAAAGCAUCGUAAAUCUUUAGGGACCUGGUUUUUAAUUUGAUUUUAUAGGUGCUGAGCAAAUCAAAACAAAAAAAACAAAGAAUGUCAGAGGAGCAUUGCUAUUGAAAAUGCCAAAAGGGCUCCAGUGUUCUUUUACUUCAUCUGUAAUCUAUCAUUUUCUAGUUUUCUGAUGAAUGAAUGCCAGAAUAUAGAGCUUGAUGAGUUAUUUUUUAUUUUUUAUUGUGUUGUAUAUUGAACUUUGUCUUUUAGUUUUUAUUUUUCACUUUAACUGCCAGUAUGUGUACAAUGCUGAGAGAAGUCUGCCUUUUGAGUUUUAACUUCCCUCAACAGUGAAAAACCUAAAAAAUAAAAGCAGUUGUAUGAA